AUGCAGAAACCUGGGCAAAACAUAGAGUUUGCACUCAAGGAGACUUCACCAAAGAUUGGUGCAGGAGCUGUGACAGGUGAUAAACUCUCCUGCACUUAUGAUUUGGUUGAGCAGAUGCAUUACCUCUACGUUCGGGUCAUGAAGGCCAAGGAGUUACCGGGGGACGUGACCGGAAGCUGCGAUCCUUACGUGGAAGUGAGGCUCGGAAACUACAGAGGAAUGACUAAGCAUUUCGAGAAGAAGUCGAAUCCGGAGUGGAAGCAAGUCUUUGCGUUUUCAAAGGAGAGGAUCCAAGCAUCAAUCUUGGAAGUUGUUGUGAAAGACAAAGCUGUUAUGUUGGAUGAUGUGAUCGGUCGAAUCAUGUUUGAUCUUAACGAGAUUCCUAAGCGAGUCCCUCCUGAUAGUCCAUUAGCUCCUCAGUGGUAUCGGUUGGAGGAUCGACACGGGCGUAAGAUCAAAGGAGAGCUUAUGUUAGCCGUCUGGAUGGGGACACAAGCCGAUGAAGCUUUUUCCGAUGCUUGGCACUCAGAUGCAGCCACGGUUGGACCAGAAGGUGUGACACAUAUCCGGUCAAAGGUUUACAUAUCGCCAAAGCUUUGGUAUGUGAGAGUCAAUGUAAUCGAGGCUCAAGAUUUGAUACCUCAUGACAAAACCAAGUUCCCUGAGGUUUACGUGAAAGCAAUGCUCGGGAGCCAGACUCUAAGAACGCGGAUCUCUCAGACAAAAACAUUGAAUCCGAUGUGGAAUGAAGAUCUCAUGUUUGUUGUUGCUGAGCCUUUCGAGGAGCCGUUGAUUCUCGCGGUUGAAGACAGGGCUGCACCGAACAAUGUAACGCUAGGGCAGUGCGCGAUCCCGUUGCAGAAUGUCCAAAGGAGGUUAGACCACAGACCGCUCAACUCGAGGUGGUUCAACCUGGAGAAGCAUAUCAUAGUGGAAGGAGAGAAGAAAGAGAUCAAAUUCGCAAGCAGGAUCCAUCUAAGAAUCUUUCUUGAAGGAGGAUACCAUGUUCUCGAUGAGUCAACUCACUACAGCAGCGACCUAAGGCCAACAGCGAAACAGCUAUGGAAACCGAGCAUUGGAUUGCUUGAAGUAGGGAUCAUAAGCGCUCAUGGAUUGAUGCCGAUGAAGACAAAAGACGGGAAAGGAACAACAGAUGCAUAUUGUGUGGCUAAGUAUGGACAGAAAUGGAUCAGAACAAGAACGAUUGUGGAUAGUUUCACGCCUAAAUGGAACGAGCAGUACACAUGGGAAGUGUUUGAUACCUGCACAGUCAUAACUUUUGGAGCAUUCGACAACGGACACAUUCCAGGUGGAAGCGGGAAAGAUAUGAGGAUAGGGAAAGUGAGAAUCCGUCUCUCGACACUUGAAGCUGACCGUAUCUACACACAUUCGUAUCCUCUGCUUGUCUUUCAUCCUUCCGGGAUCAAGAAAACGGGUGAAAUACAGUUAGCCGUGCGGUUCACUUGCCUAUCGGUCAUCAACAUGCUUCACAUGUAUUCACAGCCGUUGCUGCCCAAAAUGCAUUACAUCCACCCGUUAUCUGUGCUCCAGCUGGACAGCCUGAGGCACCAGGCUAUGAACAUUGUCUCGGCGAGGCUGAACAGAGCAGAGCCGCCUCUUCGCAAAGAGAUUGUAGAGUACAUGCUUGAUGUGGACUCACACAUGUGGAGCAUGAGGAGGAGUAAAGCUAACUUCUUCAGAAUCAUGAAUGUUCUGAGUGGUCUCAUUGCUGUGGGGAGAUGGUUUGAUCAGAUCUGCAACUGGAGAAACCCAAUAACCACAAUUCUCAUUCAUCUUCUCUUCAUAAUCUUAGUUCUCUACCCUGAACUCAUCCUCCCAACGGUCUUCUUGUACCUUUUCUUGAUCGGGAUAUGGAAUUUCCGGUGGAGACCGAGGCACCCGCCACACAUGGACACACGGUUGUCACACGCAGACGCUGUCCACCCUGACGAGCUUGAUGAAGAGUUUGAUACUUUCCCGACUUCCCGGUCCUCUGAGAUGGUGCGGAUGAGGUAUGACCGGCUCAGAAGCAUAGCGGGACGUGUUCAGACCGUGAUAGGCGAUCUAGCGACACAGGGAGAGAGGUUUCUGUCGCUGCUGAGCUGGAGAGACCCGAGGGCAACCACAUUGUUUGUGUUCUUCUGUCUCAUAGCUGCAAUAGUGCUGUACGUUACACCGUUUCAGGUUGUGGCACUUCUUGCUGGGAUCUAUGUGCUGAGGCAUCCAAGGUUCAGGCACAAGCUCCCCUCUGUGCCGCUCAAUCUCUUCAGGAGGCUACCUGCAAGAUCUGACAGUCUAUUAUAG